GUGCUUGUACUUCUCCUGUCUACUGUAUCAUAGGAGCUUAGAAUCCCAGCUGCUUGCGUUCGGCUGCAGUUCUCUGAUGGCUCGCACAGGGUGGACCAGUCCCCUUCCCGUAUGUGUGUGUCUGCUGCUAACCUGUGGCUUUGCCGAGGCAGGGAAGCUGCUGGUAGUGCCCAUAGAUGGGAGCCACUGGUUCACUAUGAGGUCGGUGGUGGAGAAACUCAUUCUCAGGGGGCAUGAGGUGGUCAUAGUCAUACCAGAGGUGAGUUGGCAACUGGGAAGAUCACUGAAUUGCACAGUGAAGACUUAUUCAACUUCAUACACUCUGGAGGUUCUGAACCAGGAGUUCAAGGCUUUUGCCCAGGCUCAAUGGAAAGCACAAGUACAAAGUAUAUUUUCUCUAAUAACAAGUUCAUACAAUGACAUUUUUGAGUUAUUUUUUUCAAAUUGCAGGAGUUUGUUUAAGGACAAAAAGUUAGUAGAAUACUUAAAGGAGAGUUCUUUUGAUGCGGUGUUUCUGGAUCCUUUUGAUACCUGUGGCUUAAUUGUUGCCAAAUAUUUCUCCCUCCCCUCUGUGGUCUUUGCCAGGGGAAUAUUUUGCCACUAUCUUGAAGAAGGUGCGCAGUGCCCUGCUCCUCUUUCCUAUGUCCCCAGAAUUCUCUUAGGAUUCUCAGAUGCCAUGACUUUCAAGGAGAGAGUACGGAACCACAUCAUGCAUUUGGAGGAACAUUUAUUCUGCCACCGUUUUUUCAAAAGUGCCGUAGAAAUAGCUUCUGAAGUUCUUCAAACACCUGUCACGGUAUAUGAUCUUCACAGACAAAUAUCAAUUUGGUUGUUGCGAACGGACUUUGUUUUGGACUAUCCCAAACCCGUGAUGCCCAACAUGGUCUUCAUUGGUGGUAUCAACUGCCAUCAGAGAAAGCCAGUGCCUAAGGUAAGUCAUUGCUCCUUUAGCACGUUAAGAAUAUUUCAGCUUUAGAAAUUAAAAAAGGAUUCU